AUGGAGGAAAUGAAGCUAGGAGACGAGAUAAAGCUCUGUGGGGUGAAGAGAGAAAAUGUCCGCAAAGCAAUGGAGAAGGUCAAUCCUGAAUCCUCAGAUGUAUUUGUCUUCCAUAUUCAGGGUUGUGAUUUAGAGAACAGUCUGAAGUCAGUGGAAGAGAAGCUAGAGAAGAGGUUCAACGAACUACAGUCCAAGGAAGUAGAGUUUCAAAAGAGAAGCAUUGCACUUGAAGAAAGAGCUAAAGUGGUUGAAGCAGCAGAAGCUCAGAUGAGUGGCUUGAAGAGGGAAACUGAAGAGAAAAGAGAGGAGCUGAGUGUUGUGAAGAAGCUGGUGGAAGAGUGUAUGGUAACGCAAAGCUCAAAGACAAGUCAACUUAAUGAGCUGUUGGAAACGUUGAGAAAGACACAGCUUGAGCUUGGUUUGAAAGGACAAGAGCUAGCAGAUCUUGAGAGACAUCGUGUUGAGGUCAGCGCAGAGAAGGAGCUUUUGGACAUGAGUCAAGCUCGCAGGAAGGAACUGGAUGAGGAAAAUGAGAAAAAGACGAGAGAUCUCAAUAUGGUUCUGGACAAAACUGAGGAGUGUGUGAAGCGGCUUAAGACACGAACCUCGGACCUGAUAACGACUCAGGGUGACCUUGAGCUAAAAUUGCAACAUUUAGCAAAGGUCAAGGCUGAUCUUGAGGAGCAUCAAGGUGAGCUUAAGGCGGUGAUGGAGAAUGUUGAACGGAGUCAAACUCGCCAUAGAGAACUGGAGGAGGAGAUAGAUAUAAAGGUGAAGGAUCUUAUAGCAGUUCUUGAAAAGAUUGCGGAAUGUGAGAAGCUGCUUGAGGCACGGUCCUCGGAACUAACAAAGACUCAAGUUGAGGUUGAGUCGAAGAAAGAAGAGUUGGGAAAGAUGAAGACUGAUCAUGAGAGGCAUAAAGCUGAGCUUAGCGCAGAGAUGAAGCAUCUUGAUAAGAUUCAAACUCGCAAUGGAGAAUUGGCUGAGGAAAUAAAGAGAAAGAGUAAUCAUAUUCAUAUGCUUCUUGAUCACAUCGAUGGAUGUGGGAAGUUGUUUAAAACACGGUCCUCGGAACUAAAAAUGACUCAAAGUGAGCUUAAGUUAAAAGGGGAACAGUUGGAGAAAAUGAAGAAUGAUCACCUCGAGCUUAACGAGCAAGUAGAGAGUAAGAAGAAGGAACUCACGGAGGUUUUGGAUAAAAUUGCGGAAUAUGGAAAGUCGCUUGAAGUUUUGGUAAAGCGUCAAGAGUCUCAGCAGAAUCUGCUUGAUUCCAAAGAGAAAACAUUGGAAGCCCUAAGUUUGGAUGUUGACUUGAAGGAACGCAAGGUAACAUCACUAGUCAACGACCUGGAAUCAAAAGCUAAGGAGAAGGAGGAGACUGAAAGGACGAUUGAGGAACGUAGAGCACAUUUGGAAUCCAUCAAGAAGUUGAUUGCGGAACACACUCAAGAACUCUCUUCUAUAGAGAAGAAAGAGAAUGAGAUAACGGAUACUCUUCGUAAACUAUCCGUGGAACUUGCCUUCAAAGAGAAUACAUUCAAAAGAACUAAAGACAUCACCGAGACGCUCGCUGAGAAAAUGCGUUCAAAAAAGUGGAAGAUACAAAAAUACACUGAGGAUGUUGAGUCAAAGAAAGAUGAACUUCACUCUGUGAGUGGCCAACUCAAAGAGUGCCUCCAAACCGUGAGAAGCAAAGAGAGGCAUUUAAGUUAUCUAGAGUCACUCAUCACGGAAAGAAAGAAACAAGUGGAGGAAGGAAAGAAGGAAGUGCAACCUUUGGAUAACUCCGACAAGGAUCAGCUUAUAAAAAAAGAACUCCAUGUGAAGCAAGAAGAGGUUUGUUCAAUCGACAAGGCCAUCAUGGAAUGCUCAAGUGAAUUGGAAUCUAAGAGGAAACAACUUGACCAGGUUCAAAGCUUACUUACUGAACUUACUCCUGUGCUCCAGUCAAAAGAAGCUGAGCUUAGUUCUCUGGGUAAGAAGAUUGAAGACAGUUGUAAAGAAUUGCAAUCUAAAGAGCAGCAGCAAGUCAGACUAAAAGUAUCACUGUUGGAACGUGAGCAAGAGCUUUCCCAGAAGAAGAAGGAGCUUGAUAGUCUGGUGGAGAGGAUUGGUGAAAAUGAUUUGCUACUGAAAUCCACAGAAGAUUGGUUGUCUAGAUGUGUUAAGGAUUAUGAGGCAAGAGCAAAAUUAUUGGCCAGCUUUUCUCAACAAAGCAACCCAAAUCAACAUGUUGCUCUAGGACCUGCCAACAAUGUACUGUUAUUGGAUAAUAAGCCUGUACAGCAGCCACCGGCUGAGAUGCAAAAUUCUCUUUCUUGUGUAAAAAGCAACCAAGAAACUUCGAGGUUAUGCCAACAAAAUGCUGAGAAGAAGAGUGCUAACGAUGGUGAAUCCAGUGGACAGCAAGAUGGGUUUCUUCUGCUUGGGAAGAGAAUAAAUAUCCCAAAGAAACCUCGUAAUAUACUGAUCAGACCGGUGACAGGUAACCAGUGCCAUGCUUUAGUGUAG